AUGUCAGACACUGAUGCUACCGUGGUAUCAGGUGCCACUGCACCAGCAUUUGGUCAGCAACAGGACCAGCGGCAGCAAUCUUACUCGCAGAUGAUGCUGCCUCAGGCAUACGCAUAUUACCAGCAACAGCAACAGCACGAACAGCAGCCACAGCAGCAGCAACCGCAGAAUCCGCCACUGUAUAAUCCCACGCAGUUGCAGGGCCAACACCAAUUUUAUCAGCAUUACCAGCAGCAGUAUGAACAGCAACAGCAACAACAACAGCAGCAGCAGUACUCGUAUGCUUACUCGCACAUGUCGCCUGUCAGCUCGCCGACCUUGCAUCCUGGGUACCUUAGUGCCAGUCCGCCAGCACAGCUGGCGAUUCCUGCAGCGCAGACUGCAUCACCUUCCAACAACAACAGCAGCGGAUAUGCCAUUGUCGGCGGGCAGAUACUUUCAGGAGCGCAGGGCUAUGCGUACUACGCAGCCUCGAUGGCUGCAUCGCCCGGCGGAUCGCCGCAAAUGGUGCCACUCUCAGUCAGCCCCGGGGCUGCAGCCCACUAUAUGGCACCAAUGCCCAUCAGCCAGCUCCAGAGCACCUCGCCAGCCACCCGCGACAUUGAGCAUUUUAUGGUUCGCCAAAUGGCCCAAGGCAUUCAGCAGCGGACUGGCGCCAGCCCCAUGAUCCUCGGCAUGUCCCCGCCCUACAUCAGUGGGCUCUACCAGAAGCCCGCCGACCAAAGUGCCCAAGACACCACGGACUCCCGCAACGUCUACAUCCGCAACCUCCCGGAGGACUGCACUGAUGACGCACUGGUACGUCUUGCGUCUCCCUAUGGCGAAAUAGAGUCGUCAAAGUCCAUUAUCAAUGAUGUCGAUGGGAAAUGCAAGGGGUACGGAUUCGUCAAAUACAAGACGGUGGAGCAGGCAGUGAUGGCCAUUGCUGCGUUCAAGAUUCAAGGACUGCCGUCGAACCUGGCCAAGGACUCGUUCAAGUCCAAGCUGAAGCGCCUGCAUGAUAAAAAGUCGGCCAACGUCUACAUCUCCAACUUGCCGGUGGAUUUCGACGACAAUGCGCUUAUUGAAAUUAUCAAGCCGUUCCCGGUCAUCUCGGUGAAGAUUCUGAAGGACGCGCUCACUGGACAGCCCAAGGGUGCUGGCUUUGCGAGGAUGCGGGACCGCGAAACCGCCAUUCAGGUCAUCGAAAAACUCAAGCAAACCCGGCUUCCCAACAACUCGGGCCCAUUGACGCCACGCAUAGCAGAUUCAGACGAGCAAAAGCAGCUGAAGAAGCAGGUACAUGGCGAAGGAUUGGGGUUAGGAGGCGGGCGCUACGACGAUUCAGGCAUGUUUGUUCGCUCUGAGGCUACCUCGCCAGUAAUGUGGAGCCCUGUCCUGGUAUAUACCGCGGCCUCUCCCCCGCCGGCUUUUGACCACCUGGGGAGUGUAGCGCAUGGUGAAAUCCAGACGGCCAGUUUGCCGUCCCAGCAACACCAUAUGCAGCAGGAGUCCUAUAUGGGCGGCAACAACAUUGCCCAGGGGUAUCCAAUUCCUGGGACUAAUAUUUAUGCUGCGCAUCCUGGGUAUGUUUCUUCUGGGUAUGUUUCUCCCGGGUAUAUGUCGCCCGGGUACUUGUCUCCUGUUGCCGGGUACGCUUCGCCGGUGCAGAUGCCGACGUCACCGCAGAUGGUCUAUGCCCAGCUUCCUGAACAAGCCCGGAUGCCUGUUGGUAAUGUGCAGCAGGGUGUAUCGGCAGAUCACGCAAAAACUCAGGCACUGGCUCAGGCUCAGGUGCAGGGUGGAAGGGACAGGAGCAAUUCAAACAGCCAAGCGGAGCCGAUGCUGCCCAGAAAAGACAACCUCAGCAGCAGCAGCAGCAACAACAACAACAACAACAACAACAACAUCAACACCAUCAUCAACAUCAACAACAUCAGCAACAUCAACAACAUCAGCAACAUCAACAUCAACAACAUCAACAACAUCAACAUCAACAUCAACAACAUCAACAGCCGAGGUCUCCUCGCAACACAGGCGUCCACGAUUUAA